CUGAAGUCUGGGUUUUGCAUCAAUUUUGCAAACUCAAACAUUACACGGCUCUUUGAAGGAGAGCCUGGCCAUUUAGUCCCCUCAGCCUCUCGCUUUCUUGUGGAAAGUGAGAUGUUCAUGCUGGCUGGGAGAAUGGUAGGCCACUCCUUUCUUCAUGGAGGACCGUGUCUGUCUGGACUCAGCCCUGCUGUUGUUCAUGUCCUGCUUGGUGGGAGUCCUGAGACUGCAACUGUUACACCAGAAGACUGUCCAGACUUGGACAUAAGAGAAACUAUCAAACUUCUUGAAGGGAACUCCUCUCUGUCAGAGAAGGAUAAACAGCGUGUCCAGGAGUUGGUCCUUGCCUGGGACCUCCCUCCCCUAACCGAGAACAACAGGAGAUGGCUUUUUGAGAAGCUGUUAAUCCAUGCUGUGAUAGGACGUGUCAUGAGGCAAAUCAAGCAACUGAGACGAGGUCUUAAAGAAACCCCAAUGUGGACUCUGAUGACUGAAAGACCUGACACGGUGGACUUGCUUUUUCCAAAAGAGGGAGCAGGAAAUUUCAGCCCUGAGGUCCUUCUUCAGCGGGUCACGUGGCCUUCUCAGGACAGUGAUGACGAUGAUGAUGAUUGCUCAGUCGACACCAAAUGCCGCAUUUCAGGCUAUCUUCGACAGUUCAUUUCAAAUGCAACACAAAUGGAACUGACCAACCUGGUCAAAUUUUGGACCGGAUGGGAGCUUCUGCCACGAAGUCUCUCUGUGCAAGUGAUUGAGGGCAGGUAUCCCACAGCUUCCACCUGCUUUGAGACGUUGCGUCUUCCAGGGCAUUACAAAGACUAUGCAUCUUUUAAACAGGACCUUCUGGCCUGUGUUUGCACUUCCCAUACUGGUUUUGGCCUUGUAUGAAUGAAAUUAUGCCUGUGCAUGUCUUUGUUAGAAAAGAGUUGAUCUCUUAAAAGUAAUGUUAUUUCUGUUAUCAAUUGUUAACUUGUUCUAAAUUUGCCCAUGUCGAGCUUAUGUUCUAUAAAAUUGUUUAAAUGUGAAAUGGGAAUUACCCUCAAGAAGUACUUCCCACAAAUCUU